CAAGAUGAGCCGCUGUGUGGUGAUCAUCGGCAGCGUCCCUUGCUGCUUCAGAUCUGACACGCGCCGCUUGCAAGUCGUGCAGCUUGCACUUGAUUCAGACACCCAGGCGGCUGAGUGGGAGAAUGUGCUGCCUAUUCGGAUCAAGGGAGGGCUGCCUGAGGCUCUGCAGAGCCUGCUAAUCCUGCAGGUGAGGAGCCGAGAGCAAUACAUUCAUUCGGAGGCACAGAUCCAUCAUCUGAUUGUGGUUUGUGCCUGCUGCAGUCUGUGGCUUCCUUCACCUAUGUGGGCGUCCUGGCGGCCAGCGACUCAUGCGCCGUGUUUGCAAGUGCCCUCGCGUCUGCCCUCGGCCUCCCCCACACCCCGAUGUCCAUCAUCCACUCUCGUCGCCUGCCGCCCACAUCAUCGACGGCCAUCUGCACCUCACUGGACGCCUUCAACAGCCUCAUAUCGCAGCCUGCCUGGCAGCUGCCCGUCUUGCUGGAGACGAUGCCCACCAGUGGGCGUCCGGGGCAGACCAUGUAUGUGUGUCGGACGGCCCAGCAGGGCGAAGGGCUCAUCAGACAGCAGCUUGGAUGGGCUGCCGCGCUCACCAUGGACGCGCUGACCAGACGGAGCCAAGGUGACAGUGAGGAGAAGGCGGCAAAGGAGCCAGAGGGGGAGAGAAAAGGCGACGACAGCAGAGGGGGGGAUGACGGCAAAGGCGAGCCCGAGAGUGGUGUCAAGAAGUCAGCCUUCCUGCCCCCGCCCUCUGCUGUGUUCCUCUCUCGUCUUGCUGAUGACGCGCAACCGAGGUCUGCCAUCCAUGAGGAGUAUGAGGUCCGUCUGCUCUCAGUGGGUCCAUCCACGCAGCUGUUGGGUCUCUGGAGAGUUGAGUACGGCGAGAGCACGACAACCGGUCAGUUGCACGAGUGCCGGCGAUGGACCUACUUUGACGGCGGCAAGCUAGGUGUCAGUGGGCAGGCCUCGUCGGCAGGCGAAGGCGCAGCCAGUGAGGCCCCAUGGCCAUCGCUGCUCGCCUUUCUGACGGAGUGGGUGUCGCGGGACGGCUGGCGCGUUGUGGGCGCUUAUCGGUGCAGGAUACGAGGGUCAUGCGAUGAGGGGUGGCAGAUGCACAGCGUCCGAUUUUGGGACGUGUGUGGUGCUGUUGACGAGGGGAAGGUGGAGGGAGAGGACAAUCAGCAACUGGAGACAUUCGAGGAGCGUGUGGUGGCCGCUGUGGUCUGGUCUGCCUGCUCCGAGCAAGAUGGAACAGGUAAGGUAUCUACCUGCAUGCACUCACACAAGUUGCGUACGCACGGAUGCUUUCUUUUCCGUCCCACCCACCCAGAUGCCACUACUGCGUUUGACCUUCCCGGCAUUCCACUGAGUCAGUGGCAGGGUGCCUUUCGAUCCGAGCCAAGCGUCACGGUGCUGCUGUACGGCUGGCGAUACUGUGCCGGGCCGUCGAGAGUGAAGGCCAUCCGGGGCCUCGAUGAGGUGGCCCCGCUUGGGAGUGUGGAUUCCUUGGUGCAGGUGGGGGAUGUGAUCGACGCCAGCACCCUGUGUGUGAGGGUGGUGAUGGGCGGAGGGAUGGUCAAGGUGGCGGCUGACGUAGAGAGGAUGGUGAAGGUCAAGUGUGUGGCAGCGCCACAGCAGGUGCCGCUGCUGUAACGGCGCAUAGAGACAAGCCAG